AUGACAUCACAACGCCGUUCACCGUUACUGAUGCUCCUAGGAGCCAUCUUCUUCUUAUCCACCAAUGUCCUGGCCGCCGCAGCCGUUCUCGGAGUCGAUCUGGGCACCGAGUACAUCAAGGCUGCGCUGGUAAAGCCUGGCAUCCCGCUUGAGAUUGUGCUUACAAAAGACUCUCGACGAAAAGAAACCUCCGCCGUUGCUUUCAAGCCUUCAAAAGGCGCCGUAGCUGAGGGCCAGUAUCCCGAGCGCAACUAUGGCGCUGACGCAAUGGCCAUUGCCGCACGAUUCCCCGGCGAAGUAUACCCGAAUCUGAAGCCCCUCCUCGGACUCCCAGUGGGAGAUGCGAUUGUCCAAGAAUACGCGGCCAGACAUCCUGCGUUGAAGCUCCAGGCGCAUGCCACAAGAGGGACCGCUGCGUUCAAGACGGAGACUUUGACUGCUGAGGAAGAGGCUUGGAUGGUGGAGGAGCUUCUGGCCAUGGAACUUCAAAGCAUCCAGAAGAACGCAGAAGUUACUGCUGGCGGCGACUCUUCGAUCCGCUCAAUCGUUCUCACCGUACCGCCGUUCUAUACCAUUGAAGAGAAGCGAGCCCUGCAAAUGGCAGCGGAACUGGCUGGCUUCAAGGUUCUCAGCCUGGUUAGCGAAGGUCUGGCCGUGGGCCUCAACUACGCCACCAGUCGCCAAUUCCCCAACAUCAACGAAGGCGCCAAACCGGAAUAUCAUCUGGUCUUUGACAUGGGAGCGGGAUCGACUACCGCCACUGUAAUGAGAUUUCAGAGCCGUACCGUCAAGGAUGUUGGCAAGUUCAACAAGACGGUGCAAGAGAUCCAGGUUCUUGGCAGUGGCUGGGACAGGACCCUUGGUGGAGAUUCUCUCAACUCAUUGAUUGUUGAUGACAUGAUUUCUCAGUUUGUGGAAUCCAAGGGCGCUCAGAAAAUCUCGGCAACCGCUGAGCAAGUUCACUCUCAUGGCCGCGCCGUUGCAAAGCUGAGCAAGGAAGCUGAGCGCCUUCGUCAUGUUUUGAGCGCCAACCAGAACACCCAGGCCAGCUUUGAGGGGCUGUACGAGGAUGUCGACUUCAAAUACAAGAUUUCUCGACCUGACUUUGAGACUAUGGCGGAGGGCCAUGUGGAGCGAGUUGCCGCUGCCAUUAAGGAGGCUCUGAAAGCAGCUAACCUCGAAAUUGGCGAUCUCACGUCUGUCAUCCUUCACGGUGGUGCAACUCGUACUCCAUUUGUACAAAAGGCACUUGAGAAGGCCCUUGGCUCUGGAGACAAAAUUCGAUCAAACGUAAACUCUGAUGAGGCUGCCGUAUUCGGUGCGGCUUUCCGAGCUGCCGAGCUCAGCCCAAGCUUCCGCGUGAAGGAAAUUAGGAUUUCAGAGGGUGCCCAGUACCCAGCCGGCAUUACCUGGAAAGCAGCCAACGGCAAAGUACAACGCCAGAGACUCUGGACAGCCCCUUCGCCCCUCGGUGGCCCGGCCAAGGAGAUUACUUUCACUGAGCAAGAGGACUUUACUGGUUCAUUUUAUCAGCAAGUUGAUACCGAGGACAAAAUUGCCAAGACUUUCUCGACCAAGAACCUAACUGCAACUGUCGCGGCUCUCAAGGAAAAGUAUCCCACGUGCGCCGACACCGGCGUUCAGUUCAAGGCUGCGGUUAAGCUUCGUACUGAGAACGGCGAAGUCGAGAUCGUCAAGGCCGUAGUCGAAUGUGAGGCUGAAGUGACUGAGAAAGAGGGCUUCGUUGACGGCGUUAAGAAUCUUUUUGGUUUCGGUAAGAAGGACCAGAAGCCCCUUGGCGAAGGAGACAAGGACAGUGCCGAAGCAUCAGAAGAUGCCGAAGCCAAGGCUGAAGAGGCCAGCUCGGAUGCCAAGUCAGCUUCUACCAGCAGCACCAAAUCCGGAGAGGCGGCUCAGUCCACAGAUGCCGCAAAGGAGGAAGUCAAGAAGAAGCAGAUUGUAUCCAUUCCUGUUGACAUUACACUGGAGAAGGCUGGAAUCCCACAGCUGACCAAGGCUGAGUGGACCAAGGCUAAGGAUCGAUUGAAGGCAUUCGCAGCCUCUGACAAGGCAAGAGUGCAGCGCGAGGAGGCAUUGAACCAGCUUGAAGCAUACACAUACAGGGUCCGCGAUCUUGUCGACAACGAGGCCUUCAUCUCGGCAUCUACUGAGGAGGAGCGACAGACACUGGCCGAAAAGGCUAGCGAAGCCAGUGAUUGGCUCUACGAGGAGGGAGAUGCAGCCACGAAAGCCGACUUUGUUGCCAAACUUAAGGUUCUCCAAGACCUUGUGGGACCAAUUCAGAGCCGCCUAGAUGAGGCUGAACGGCGACCUGGGCUGAUUACUGAAUUGAGGAACAUUCUCAACACUACGGACGUAUUUAUCAACACUGUGCGUGCACAGAUCUCUGCAUACGACGAGUGGAAAGCCACAGCCUCCGCCAAAGAAGCCGAAUCUGCGACCUCUAGUACUGCUGCUGAAACACCAAGCACCGGCUUUGAGGACCUAGAGGAUGAUGAUGAAAGUUCCAAGGACGCAGAAGAGAAGCCCACUAAAGAAGAGGUGGUGCCUCCGCUACACAACUCUGAGGAAAUAGACGGCCUCGAGGUUCUCUACAAGGAGACACUGGAUUGGCUUAACAAGCUCGAAGUUGAGCAGACGGGCAUUCCUCUCACCCAGGAUCCUGUCCUCAAGGUUAGCGAACUGGUUGCCAAACGUGAUGCGCUCGACAAGGCCAGCUUGGACCUCGCACUGAAGAGCUACAACCAAUACCAGAAGAACAAGCCCAAGAAGCCCACCAAGAGCAAGAAGGCGAAGAAGGACAAGACAAAGAGUGGUGAAAAGGCCACCCCCACCUUUGAGUUUCCUGAGGGAAGCACGCCUCUCUCUAGCGAGGAGCUGGAAGAGUUGGUCAAGCAGUAUAUGAAGGAGGAGGAGGAUGCCCGCAGAAACGCGGAAGACACAGCGAAGCCGGAGCAUGAUGAGCUCUAG